CCGGAAGUGACGCAAAGAGGACUCGUGUGGUGGGUGUGAAUCCGAGUUUCUUUAAAACGUCGCAAAGUCUGGUGUGAAUUCACACAAUUGUUGUAUUCAAGAUGGUGGUGAAGUUGGCUUACUGGGAUAUUCGGGGGCUUGCUCAGCCCAUUCGCCUUCUUUUGGAGUACACCAGCACUGAAUGGGAGGAUAAAUUCUAUUCCUGUGGUGAAGCUCCCAAUUAUGAUAAAAGCUGCUGGUUCAAUGACAAGGCCAAGCUUAAAACGGACUUUGCUAAUCUGCCCUACCUUGAGGAUGGAGAGAGGAAAAUUGUGCAAAGUAACGCCAUAAUGAGAUACAUUGCCCGCAAACACAACCUCUGUGGGGAGACUGAGGACGAGAAGGUCAGAGUGGAUAUCUUGGAGAAUCAGGCAAUGGACUUCCGCAAUGGAUUUGUCAUGCUCUGUUAUUUCGAUUUCGAUAACAAAAAGCAGGGAUACCUUGAUGCCCUGCCAGGAGUUCUGAAGCAAUUCUCUAAUUUUUUGGGAGAGAGGAAGUGGUUUGCUGGUGAUAAGAUCACAUUUGUGGACUUCAUCAUGUAUGAAUUGUUGGACCAGCACCGUAUGUUUGAGCCCAAAUGCCUGGACAACUUCAAGAACCUCAGUGAUUUACUGGACAGAUUUGAGGCACUUGAGAAGAUCUCAGACUACAUGAAAUCCAGCAGGUUCUUAAAAGCACCUGUAAACAACAAGAUGGCAAAGUGGGGAAACAAGAAGGAAUGAAAACAGAUGAUAAUGGAGUUUUUGUUGAGCAAUGUUUUAAAUCGCCUUAAAAAUGCAUUGGAAACAAUAUGAAUAAAAAUACAAGCAAAGCACUUAUUAGUUGUUUAAAGCAAAUACAGGUGUGACGUUUAAAUUGUGAUUUUGUUUACUACUUUUAAAGAGGGACACACUGUGCACCAUUCUUAUUUCCACUGAAUAAAAGCUGGAAGAUUUUUGCUCAA